AUGAAAAACGUCGCAUUUUUGUUCUUUUGGUGGUAUUCAGUAAAGGCAGAUUUUGAGUCCAAUUUGAAAAUGGUUGUGCUCACACACCAAUGCGAUCCUGAAUGCACAUUCAAUUAUUCUGAGAUAACAUCAAAAACUGUUCAAUUUUUACCUAAUGGAGACAACUGUGUUUUUGUAUGCGGAAUAAUGACAUUCAACGCCAACACUGACCUUUCUGUGGCUCAAUUAACUAAAGCAUUUGAGACAAUAUCUGUAUUCUAUGGAGGAAUUGUAUUUGAUAACACUAAUUUCACAAAUAUAACAUUCUUCCCAAAAAGUGAAUGGUCUGAUCAAUUUGAGUUUUGCUGCUACACUUUUGGCCUAACCGUUGUCAACAAUUUACACCUCACGGACUUCAAGUUUUUCCGAGAUAUAUUCUAUUUAACAGACAGGCACACAUCAACCUGUCCAUUUUUAUUUGAGAACAAUCCUAAAUUGGAUACUGGAAAGCUCUGCAAAGUCAAAGAUAUGUCUGGAAUAAAGUCAAUUGGAAAUUUAAAAGAUUGUGGUUGCCCUGGCAAUGGGAUAACUUCUGCAAACAUUGAAACAUUACGGAAUUGUUCGGUUUUAUACGAUUUCAAUCUCUCCAAUGAAUCCGAUGAUUUAACGGCUUUGGCUGAAAUUACAGCAGUUACAGGAGGUAUGGAAAUUAAAAUGACAAAUAUCCAGAAUUUAUCAUUUCUAAAAAAUCUGAAAUGGAUAAAGUCACAGCAUAGCUUAAUGGAUGAGGCAGUUACAUUGAAUAUACACGAUAAUCCAGAAAUGAAAAGAUUUGGACUGCCAGCAUUGAAGAGAAUUGAAUCUUCAUAUUUUCAUCCGGUUAUUGUCAACUUGGAAAAUUUACAUCCAGACUUUUGUCUAACUUUCGAGGAAAUUAUGUUUUUCCUAGUCAAAUAUAUAUCAUUUUUGAAUAUCCAUGCUAAUAUCUGCAACACCAAGUUUAUUCCAAAGCUAUUCGAUAUUUUUUGUAAUUCAACAAAACUUGAAGCUUUGCAAGAGGAUUGUACCAUUAUUUAUGGAAAUAUUUUAAUAGAAAAUGGUGAUGAAAAGUAUGUGAAUAAGCUUUCUCUAGUUAGAUAUUUAUUCGGAUCGUUGAUAAUUCGAAAUACAACAUUGGAGAAUCUGAAUUUCCUCAAAUAUUUGAAUUAUAUUGCAUUAUUUGAUGAUGAAUAUGUUAUUCAAAUUUUAUCUAAUAAGAAUCUUACAAGUGUCAAUUUACCAGGUAUAAUGAACAUAAUAUCAAAAUCAAAUCGUACUAUUGUUGUGCAUGGUAAUCCAUUACUACCCAGUCCAAGACGUUUUCCGUUUCGAGUUACAUACGCCACAAAUGCUGCAUUUAUUGGUGAUUAUUAUGGUAAGUUUGCUAAUUUUCUGAAAUUUAAUUUUUGA